AACAAGCAAGCAAGCAAGACGCGACAAGCCCGCAUCAACACACACACACACAAUCAGUGUUGACUGACUGCCUUGGCUGGCUGGCUGGCUGGUUGUCGACAAAACACAGCAGCAGAAAGACAGCAAGCAAGACAGCAAGCGACAAGAAGUACACAGCAGACGCCGCCAUAACCACCCACCCACAACAGCCACUUUCCCCAGGCCCAAUUUGCUUGUUCCACGCACAAGAAGCCACGCAGCUGAGACACGAUGGGGUGGUGGAAUACCAUCAGAGGCUGGUUCGCCGCUGAAGAGGUGGACGAGGAAGAAGAAGAGGAGGAGAUUCCGGUGUACGAUCAGGUCAAAGCACAGGAGCUGUUCCGUGCGUAUGACACGAACAGGAACGGCCGCCUCAGCUGGACCGAGUUCGAGGCUGCCCUGGCAUCUUUUGGCGAGGUCAGGUUCAAGCAAGACGACAGGAAGCUGUUCGAUGAGGUGGCCAACCACAACGGCACCAUCGGGCUGGAGGACGUGAUGAAGAAGGACGUGCAGCGUCGUCUGCGCGACCGCAUGGAGCUUGGCAAGGCGCUGCGGCCACCGGUGGAAGGCGGCGGCCUCAGGUUCAUCGAGCCAGAUGCCUCGUUCAAGCACAACAAGAAGGCCAUCGAGGACAACUGCAAGGAGUACCUGGCGAAGCUGGGCAUGGUUCGCAUGAAGCAGGAGCCCAUGACAGACACGUACCUGUGCAACGAGGCCGGCGAGCCACAGCACCCGCUGGUUGACUUGGUGAUGGAAGGCGGCGGCACGCUUGGGCUUGCGCUCGUUGGGUUUGCGUGGGCACUGGAGGAGGCUGGGGUGCGCUUUCGGUCUGUGGCGGGGACUUCGGCGGGCGCCAUCAACGCGGCCUUCCUUGCGUCCAGCGGCGCUGUGUCGGAUCGGCGCGCACACCUGGCCAACGCAGCGCUCAACGACGACUUUGCUAAGGAGUUUGUGGACAACUCUCCGACAAUGACAGGCAAGGUCGAGUCCCCGAAGAGCUUCCUGAGCCGCAAGCUCGGGCUGGGCUGGUUCAAGCACGGUGCUCUGAGCUUUGGCUGGUGGCUCUCAAGCUGGUUCACAAGUUUGGAGGGGACGCUGGACGCGGGCAAGGCGGUCCGCAAACUGGCCCACGGUCCCCUGGACCAGCUCUUCUCCAACAAGCUCGGCGGCAUCAAGGCCUUCCUCAAGAAGAACGCCCUGACGGUGUACACGCUGUUCCGGAUUGUGUGGAUAAGGCUGGGCUUGGUUGACGGGCAGGGCUUUGAGGACUGGCUGGACAAGAAGCUGAGGCAGAUUGGCGGCUGCUCGACACUGGAGGCGCUCCUGGGCGAUGGCAAGCACCUGCAUCUCGACCAGAGCCAAGUGCGGUUCCUCCGCAAGAGCGACCCAAGCGAGCAGCCACCGGACGACAUCAGGGCAUUUGUGCUGCAGCCUGAGCUGGCCAUGGUGACAACGGACAUCACGACGGGCUCGCGCGUCAUCUUCCCCCGCCACGCGCCUGCAUACUUUGAGCACAUGCGCCACGUGAGGAUUGCGCGCCUUGUGCGUGCAUGCAUGUCUGUGCCCAUCUUCUUCAAGCCGCUGACCAUCAAAGACAUCCCCAACUACGACCCAAGGCAUCCCGUGUCCGCCAAGGAGCUGCUCGCUGCACAUCCGAAGAGCCUCGCUGCACGUGCGUGGACGGGAUGGCCAGGGAGUCUCAACUACGACGGUUCCAUCCCCAGCCAGGCGACGUUUGUGGACGGCGGACUGGUGAGCAACUUCCCUCUCGACGUGUUCCACAUGUCGCACGAGGACGUGUGGCUGCCGAGUGUGGGCGUCAAGCUCGGCGUGGACUACGUGCAGCCGUCACCGGACGAGCCCAACCUGUCUCAGCUGAUGGGCGGCAUGCUGAACACGAUGCGGCGCCAUGGCGAUGCGACGUUCCUGGCCAAGAACCAGGCGGCCAACCGCCUUGUGACGGAGAUUUGGAUCCCGGGCUCUGUGGACAGCAAGUGGCUGUCGUUCAACCUUGACGACCGCUCCAAGGCCAUCUUGUAUGCUGCUGGCGUGCGCGCUGCCAUUGGCUUUCUGGAGAAGUUUGACUGGGAGCACUACAAGAAGAUGCGCCGCGUGCUGUACCAAGGGCAGCACGAGUUUUUCGCACACAACAGCGCCAAUCUCAGGGACAGGGUGACGACAAUGGCGGCCACCACUGAGGCCGGUGGCGCUCCAGCAACGCACGCAGUCCGGCCGCUCGCAGUGACAGCGUUUGCAACGCCCACCCCAGUCACGGCCCCUGGUCAUGUGGGCGCUCGUCAUCCCCACCGCCCGCGCAGCCAUGUCAACCCCAUCGAGCGCAGCUUCCUCGCUGAUCUCAAGGAGGAGAUCCGUUCGGAGAACCCGUGACUCCACGUGAAGAUGGGACGCUGCGAGAGGAAGCGCAGAAGGGGGGGGGAAGAGACUUAUCCGGGGAGGGGGCGAGGGGGCGUCGUUUGCUCUUUUGCUGGUGAUGUGAGAUGUGCUGUGAGAUGUGCUGUUGUCGUUUUGUCUUGUUGGUCAAGUAUUGUGGUGUGUCAUGUUUUUUUUUUUUUGUCCAUUCGUUACAUUAGUGCUGGCGGCAUGCCCUGUGUUGGGAGUGUUCGUGAGCGGGAGUGUUCGUGAGUGGUAGCGUUCGUUCGCCAAACCCACAUCAAAUUAAAACCGUUCGUUGUGGGACACACACUG